AUGGGCGGCGAGACCUCAGGAGAAAGUCAAGGAGAAGAAGCUGAGAAGGUCAAGCCCUACCCAUAUCGUGGAAUGGUCACCAGGAAGAGAGACACCACGAUCGAUGUGGCCAGUCUGUUCAAGGAUGUGGAAGUCAAGGUGCCACUCUUGACGGCAUUAAAGAUGCCCCUAAUCAGCAAGUUUAUAAAGGACUACCUGGCGGGGAAGGUCAAUGAAGAAGGGAGAAUGAUCACUGAGGAAAAUGUCUCUGCAGUGAUCCAGCGGAGCGACCUCCAAUCAAAGAAGACCGACCCAGGGAUGUUCACACUCCCAAUUUCGAUCAGAGAUAUUCAAGUGGAGCACGCAAUGUGUGAUUUGGGGGUGUCUAUCAAUGUUCUGCCGUAUUCCAUUUAUAAGAAGUUGGGAGAGGCCAAGCUAGUUGAUACUGACAUCAUGAUACAGCUGGCCGACAGGUCUUGCAUUCACCCGGAGGGAAUUCUGGAAGAUGUAAUAGUGAAGGUGAAUGAUUUUCUAUACACAGCCGACUUCUUCGUCAUAAAAAUGAUAGAACAAGCGGUGAAGGAGUCUAGUGGAGUCCUGUUGGGAAGGUUGUUCCUGUCUACGGCCAGCACUAUAAUCGACGUCCGUAAUGGGACGAUCAGUUUGGAUUUCAAUGGAGAACAGUUUACAUUCAAUAUUGACGAAGCAAUGAAGAGGCCGUCGGACAGUGAAAACAUGUAUUCGGUGGAUGCGACCGACCCGCUAGUCCAGGAGUAUCUGGAGGAGGAAUUCAUACAAAGGCAGUUCACAGACUCCACCGCGGACGAAGAGGUUGAGAGAGAAGUCGCCUACUGGUGUGAAGCCAUGAACGUCGGUGAAAUGGAUGAUCAAGCCAUCGCGAAAGUGGUGAUGGAUUUCUGCGAACGACGGCCACCAGCUGGGUCAAGCGGGAUUUCUCAAGUGUCUAGCCUCGAGAAGCUGCCUGAUCAAGGCAAGCCACUGAGAAGAGAAACGGAAGAAAAUCAUCUGCCUACUGAAGUACCGACGCCCGCAAAGGAAUUGAAGCCCCUUCCAGCACAUUUGAAGUACGCCUAUCUGGGGGAAGAUGAAAUAAAGCCAGUUAUCAUCAACAGUCAGUUGACCCAAGGGCAGGAAGAUAAAUUGCUGGAAGUACUGAGGCGAAAUCAGAAGGCCAUCGGGUGGAAGUUGACAGAUCUGGUGGGCAUUAGCCCAGAUUUAUGCAUGCACCAUAUCAGGUUGGAAGAAGGAGUAAACCACACCGUGACCAGUAGCGCAAACUCAACCCCAACAUGA